GUCCGGCACUGGAGAUCCCUAACACAACGUCAGUAUGCAACAAAGGACAACUUGCUGACGGACGAUAUCCCAGAAAGACUGUCUGCACUUUUACGUGUAACGAGGGAUGUGAAACAGGAAGUGGAGCGUCAAGACGGCGAUGCAAGACCAAGCGGCGGCGCCGACGCCCUUCAUGGUCUGGAACAAGGGAUCUGCGGUGUAAUUGCGAACCCUGUAACGGUGCACCGAGCCACCCCCAGGAUUACACCAGUGAUUGUGCAGCCAUGGUAACCUACCCAGCUGGCCACUCUUGCACUUUCGCCUGCCCAGCCGGUUACGUCCAGACUGGUGGCGAAGCAGAAAAGCUGUGCACGAAUGGUAGAUGGGUGGGUGACAACUUGGUUUGCGAAAAUAUUGAUGACUGCACCCCCAACCCGUGUAACAACGGUGGAACCUGUACUGACGGAGUCAACAGCUACACCUGUCAAUGUGCAGCGGGAUAUACAGGAGAUAACUGCGAAACUGAUAUUGAUGACUGUACGCCCAACCCGUGUAACAACGGUGGAACCUGUACUGACGGAAUAAAUAGCUACACCUGCCAGUGUGUGCCAGGUUAUACAGGAGGUGACUGUGAAACGAAUAUUGAUGACUGUACGCCCAACCCAUGUACUAACGGUGGAACCUGUACUGACGGUGUCAACGGCUACACCUGUCAAUGUGCAGCGGGAUACACAGGAAAUAAUUGUCAAACAGAUAUUGACGACUGUACCCCCAACCCAUGUAACAACGGUGGAACUUGUACUGACGGAGUCAACAGCUACACCUGUCAAUGUGCAGCGGGAUAUACAGGAGAUAACUGCGAAACUGAUAUUGACGACUGUACGCCCAACCCGUGUAACAACGGUGGAACCUGUACUGACGGGGUCAACAGCUACACCUGUCAAUGUGCAGCGGGAUAUACAGGAAAUAAUUGCCAAACGCGUAAGUGCUCUGUGAUUGAUUAAAAAUUUAUUGACAAUAUCUAAACUUG